GCCCUGCGCCGCACCCGGCACACGGAUUUACGGCGCGGACUGCAGCCUCCGGAGCGGCCCCGCAGGGAUGGAGGGAUGCCUGUACAGCUGGGAGCAGCAGGAGCGCGGCACAGCUCUGUGGGGAUAGGUGUGAAGGUGGUUCCCCCUGCGGACACAGCAGGACCCUCCCAGACCCUGGGGGAGUGUGGGGUCUCACUGGGAAGAGGAGAGCUCCCCUUCCUUCCCUGCCAGCCAGGUCUGCCUGCUGCCCGGUCACCUACUGCAUUUUCCAGAGAUCUGUACCAGGAUUUGGGGCUCGGAGCCCAGAGGUGCAUUAGUGCCAUAGGAUCACUGGAGACCCUGACAACGAUGGGGGACCUGCCACAGAGGAGGGACAUCCCUCAAGGAGGCCCUGCACCUCUGUGAGCCCUGGCUGCUGCUGGCAGAGGCUGCCUGGGGCUGGGCAGCUCAGCCAGCCUGGGGCUGGGGACAGAGCCACGGUGGUUGCAGGGCACAGCCAGCAAAGGGCGAAGAGCUGGGGACAGGGUCUGCAGGGGCAGCCCAGAACCCCAGGAGAGCGGUGCUGCCAGCUGAGACGUUGCUCCUCCAGGGACCUCUUCCUGGGGCUGGGCGACGGAGCAGCCCUUGGUCCCCGGGCUCUCCGCAGAUGUCCCCCCGUGCCUCGCUGGCAGGACUGCUCCCCUAGUGCCAGCACGAAGGAGGGCCACUCGUCUCACCAUGGUGCUGCCACCGCCUGACAAGCGCCAUGUCUGUCUGACCACCAUCGUCAUCAUGACCAGCAUGGCCUUCAUGGAUGCCUACCUGGUGGAGCAGAACCAGGGGCCCCGCAAGAUUGGUGUCUGCAUCAUCGUGCUGGUGGGGGACAUCUGCUUUCUCAUCGUGCUGCGCUACGUGGCGGUGUGGGUGGGGGCGGAGGUGAAGACGGCCAAGAGGGGCUACGCCAUGAUCCUGUGGUUCCUCUACAUCUUUGUGCUGGAGAUCAAGCUGUACUUCAUCUUUCAGAAUUACAAAGCGGACAAGAAGAACCUGGAGACAGUGGCCAGGAAAGCCCUGACCCUGCUCCUCUCCAUCUGUGUGCCAGGGCUCUACCUGGUGCUGGUGGCCUUGGACAGCAUGGAGUACAUACGGACCUUUCGGAAGAAGGAGGACUUGCGGGGGCGCCUCUUCUGGGUGGCCCUUGACCUGCUGGAUAUCUUGGACAUCCAGGCCAACCUUUGGGAGCCACACAGGACUGGCCUGCCCAUCUGGGCAGAGGGGCUCAUGUUCUUCUACUGCUACAUACUCCUCCUGAUCCUGCCUUGCGUGUCCCUCAGUGAGAUCAGCAUGCAAGGGGAGCACAUUGCCCCGCAAAAAAUGAUGCUCUACCCCGUCCUCAGCCUGGUCACUAUUAACAUCGUCACCAUCUUCAUCCGGGCCAUCAACAUGGUCUUGUUCCAGGACAGCAGGGUCUCCACCAUCUUUAUUGGCAAGAACAUCAUUGCGAUUGCCACCAAGGCGUGCACCUUCCUUGAGUACAAGCGGCAGGUGAAGGAGUUCCCCCAGAACGCCAUUGCCCUGGAGCUCCAGCAGAACUCCCUCUCCCACAACCAGACCAUCCACAGCGCACAGGGCAUCCCCCAUGAGCCGUCGCCCACCAGCGAGAUCCUUGACACAUGAGGGAUCAGCCCCAGCUGAGCGUUGGUUCAGAUAGCCCUGUGCCGAGCGGAGGAGGGAUGCUGCUUUCUUGCUGCGCGGGGCGAGCAUGACGGACAAAUCCCGGCAGCGAGGGCUCUUCUAGGCACAAAACACCAACCAUGUUUUAAUUGAGCUAUGGAGUGUCCCCUAGAUGUCUUCAUCUCAGGUAUAACCCUAGGAGUCCUCCAGACAAACCAAAUGAACUUGCAAAGGACCUGAACCAGCUAACCCUCUCUCUCCCAACUUCUCCCCUCCCGUGCAAAGACCACUAAGGUUGCAAUGUCCCUUUUUACUCCUCAAGCACCUCACCUUUACUCCAAGCCUGGAACGAAGAUUUUGUUACCGGAGACCUUUUUAUGGAGUGGGGACAGGGGCAUAGAUGUACGGGUUGGGGGGGA